CGAAACGGGCAGAAAACGCUUAGUCCGGCUUGAAACUGGGGGCGAUGGGUCCUGUUCAGUGUGUGAGAGAGCAUGAGUGCUGAGGAGCUUCAUGUUACCUGAAAGAAGGUGUGGAGGAGGGAAUCGCAGCAGGCACGAGAAAAUGAAACAAUUCAGCAGUGAAAUACAUCGUGUUACAAAUUCACAGGUCAUCGGCUUUCAAAGCUGCUGCAAUAGAGUAGGAGACCUGCGUUUCACAUGGUGAAAUUCUUCCUUGUCUUAUAGGCCAGCUGGCAGGCUGCCUGCUGGGGGAAGCUGUCAUUAUUGAUGCAAGAGCUGGGUUGCAACCUUAAAGUUGCCAGACUGAGUGGGAGGUCUUUUUCAAGCUUUGGCUAGUGUGUGGUAUUUACCCUGCCUCUUCUCAAAUAAGCCUUAAGCUUCCCCCUCCCCUGUGCUCAGAAACAACAAGGAGUGGGGCCCCAAAACCAUUGUUGGUCGUAGGAAUUGCAGUAGCACGAAAGGGAAUUCUUCAUAAUGGACAAUUAUUAAGCACAUCGGGACUCCUGAGAAAGAGUUUGAAAGCUUGAGCCACAUUGGACUGGAAUCAUGUUAAACAAGCCAGUGCUCGUGGAAUCCCUGAUAGUGUUCAUCAUCGUUCUCUUUGUGCACGCAGUGGUGUGGGACCGGUAUUCCUGGUGCGCUGUUGCUCUCGCCAUCCAGGCUUUUUAUGCCCAAUUCAAAUGGGACCGUCUGCUCCAGCUGGGUGGGGCUGUAUUCCAGUUCCGUACAGCAGCGAACAGUGGCCUCCUGCCAGCUAGCAUGGUCAUCCCCUUGUUGGGGAUAACGAUGAAGGAGAGGUGCAAAUCUGCUGGCAUUGUGUACUUCGAACGUUUUGGCAUAGUUGUAGCUUCCACGGGCAUGCUCGUUGCUCUCUUUCUGUCUGUAAUAGCGGUUGGCAUCACAAAACCUGUGCCAACCAACACUUGCAUACUUACUGGUGUUGCUGGCAGUAUAAUUAUCUAUACCAUGAAGCACUCUUUGACUGUUUCAGAAGUGAUAGAGGUCCUAGAAGUGCUGCUAAUUUUUGUCUACCUCAGUAUGAUCUUGCUGUACUUGUUGCCUCGAUGUUUUACUCCUGGAGAAGCAUUGUUAGUUCUCGGAGGUAUAAGUUUUGUUCUCAAUCAGCUCAUUAAACGCUCACUGAAUGUAAUCGAGGGCAGAGGUGAUCCCAUAGACUUUUUCCUUCUGGUAGCAGUUGUUGGAGUUGUUCUUCUUGGGCUUUUUUUCACUGUGCUCUUCAUUUUUAUGGAUUCGGGUACGUGGAUCUCCUCCAUGUUUUUCCACAUGAUGACAGCAGUGCUAGGCUUAGGGGUCAUCAUGCCUUGGCUGUACCGACUGAUCCAGAGGAACCCUUUAUUCUGGCUACUCCAGUUUCUGUUUCAGACACAGACAAGAGUUUACCUUCUUGUAUAUUGGACCUUUUUGGCUGCUUCAGCAUGUGGCAUAGUUUUCUACCAGAAUGCUAAGAGAUCAUCUGAAUCUAAAAAACAUCAGGCCUCAACUAUAACCAGGAAAUAUUUCCAUUUCAUUGUUGUAGCUACUUAUGUUCCUGGACUAAUUUAUGACCGCCAGCUUCUCUAUGUUGCUGCAGUUCUGUGUCUGGCAGUGUUUAUCUUCUUAGAGUAUAUUCGGUACUUCAGGAUCAAACCAUUUGGCCAAACUCUUAGGCAUUUGCUGUCUCUCUUCUUGGACGAAAGAGACAGUGGACCUCUAAUCUUGACUCAUAUUUAUCUCCUCCUUGGCAUGUCCCUCCCAGUGUGGUUGUUCCCCAGAUCUUGUGCUCCUAAAGGUACCUUGUCUGGGGCAGGAGCACUGGUCCCCUACUCUGGGGUACUGGCAGUAGGGGUAGGAGACACUAUUGCCUCCGUUUUUGGCAGCACAAUGGGAGAAAUCAAAUGGCCAGGAACAAAGAAGACCUUUGAAGGGACAAUGACAGCUAUUUUUGCUCAGAUCAUUGCUGUGGCUCUUAUUCUGAUCUUUGACAGCAGUGUGAAUCUGAACUCCAGCUAUGCCUGGAUUCUGGCAUCUGUGAGCUUAGUUUCUCUUUUGGAAGCUUAUACUACCCAAAUCGAUAAUCUGCUGUUGCCUCUCUACCUCCAGAUAAUGUUUAUGGCAUAGAAGCACUUCCAGGAACAAAGGUUUUUCCCCUUUCUAGAGAAAAGUGGUAAUAGAAUAUGCACUGUAAUGAGAGCUCAAAGCUGAUCUAAACACUGUUUUUGGUACAGCAGAUAAAAUUGUUAAAAACAGAAAUGAAAAAGACCUAUUUAAAAUAAAGGGUUUGGUGUGGUCUUGUUUUUUCCCCAUUUAAAACAGCAUGAGUUGCUUUAUGUUCUCACAGGAACACAAACAUGACUGAUAAAAAUAGCAUUUGUGUUUAGUAAUCCGAUUUAAGUUUCUUCUGGGUGCCCAGAGGCAAAGGAAGUAGAGGAAGAAGAGGUAAGUCAAUGAGAGGAAAAAAAAUAAAUAAGCAAGCCUCUCAGAUGUUGCCACCUCUGUAUUGUAUCAGAGCCAAAACUUGUUUUGCUGUACUGAGUCCUGCCAUCUUGUAUUACUGAAUAUGUGAACUCCUUGUUUCUGUAUAAGCACCAUUUAAAGCAUGUUUUGUAAUGAAGGUGACCACACAGAGUGAGUACAACUGUCCAAAUAUAUCCAGUCACCAUCAACAAGAGCCACACUGUGAUGCACGAACACAACUUCAAACUCAGUAGCUAUAAUAGCUGAGUUUAUCCAGAGCAGGUGGGAGAGGUUUGAGAAUGUAAGAAAGAGGCCAUUUAUUCCAAACAAGAGGGUUGCAGUUUUAGCCCUGAAGGUUUAUGCAACAAGAAUGUUUUUUUCAAGAUUUUAAUCUAUAAUUCGUUUGGGAUACUAUUCAAUAUAGGGGAAAAAACUAAGCAAAGUCACAGGGAAAACUGAUUACACAAUCAUGAAAGCAGAAAAGAAAUCUGUUAAAGUCAAUAAACUUUUCUAAUACUAUUA